AUGGGUAAUUUAUCAAAUUAUUUUAAUGAUUUUGUUGAAACAUCAAAAAGAAAGAAAAGUGUUUAUCAAUUAAGACUUGAAUUAGCCACUGAUGAAAUCUCAACAAGUGAACCAUCACCAUCAACAGGAACCAAUGAUACUUCUAUGAAAAAUGAAGAUUUAUUUAAUUUAGAGAAUCAAACAUCAACUUUAAAUGGAUCAUCAUCAGUAUCAAUAACCAAUGGUAAUGGUGGUGGUACUAAAGGACUUAAAAAAUGUUUAAAUGUUACAGAUUUAUUGGCAUUUGGAGUUGGUAGUAUUAUUGGAGCUGGUAUUUUUGUAUUGACUGGAUAUGCUGCACAUGAAAAAGCUGGACCAGCAAUUGUAAUCUCUUAUUUGGUUGCUGGUAUAUGUUGUGGUUUAUCAGGAUUAUGUUAUGCGGAAUUUGCAUCAAGAAUACCAUGUUCAGGAAGCACAUACUCUUAUAGUUAUAUUAUGGUAGGAGAAUUGAUUGCAUGGAUAGUUGGAUGGGAUUUAACAUUGGAAUAUAUGAUUGCAAGUGCAAGUGUUGGUAGAGGUUGGUCUGGAUAUUUAGGUAGUAUUAUUAAUAGUAGUGGUGGUAAAUUGCCUCACCCAAUUGCACCUGUUUAUCUAGCUGAUGGAUUUUCAGUGGAUAUUAUUGCAUUUUUAAGUAUUAUGAUUCUAUCAUUAAUCAUUGCAAUGGGUAUGAAAGAAUCAGCAAGAUUCAAUAAAAUAUUUGUGGUAAUUAAAAUAGCAAUUAUUAUUUUCGUGAUUGUAUUGGGUUCAGUUUAUGCAGAUACAUCCAAUUGGGACAAUUUCGCACCAUAUGGUGCAAAAGGUAUUUUCAACGCAGCUGCCAUUACAUUCUUUGCCUACUUGGGAUUUGAUGGUGUUUGUAACGUAGCGGAAGAGGUAGAGAAUCCACAAAGAGAUUUACCAAUUGGUAUAUUGGGUUCAUUGGGUAUUUCAACGGUUUUAUAUAUUGGAACAGCAGGUGUACUUACAUUAUUGGUACCUUAUCAUUUGAUUGAUGUCGAAGCACCACUUUCAGUUGCAUUUGAUAACAUUGGAUUGAAAUGGGCAUCGAUUAUAGUUGCAAUUGGUGCAUUUGCAGGUUUAACAACCGCUCAAUUGGGUGGACUCAUUAGUCAACCACGUUUGUAUUAUUCGCUAAGUAGAGAUGGUUUGCUACCAAAAUGGUUCGGUGAAAUUCAUCCAAGAUUUAAAACACCAUUCAAUGCAACUAUGUUCACUGGUGUUUGCUGUGCCACAAUUUCCUUGUUUGUAAAUAUUGAUAUUUUGGCUGAUAUGGUUUCAAUUGGUACAUUACUUUCAUUUACAUUGGUUAGCACUUGUGUAUUGAUUUUAAGAUAUCCAAAACCAAGAACAAUAUCAGAAUCAACUGCACGUUACCCAAUUAAUAAAUUCCCAUUGUUUUUACAAUCUUCAGCAACCCUUGUACCAAUUAUUGUGGUUUUAGCAGCAAUAACAUCAUUGGGUUAUGUUAAAAGUUUACAUUGGGCUGUAAUUUUAGUAUUUGGUUUCUUUGGUGUUUUAUUUAGUUCAAUACCAUUCUUUUUCAAUGAAACUCAAGAAACCAUCUUAUCAAGUUCAAAGAAAACUUUCCUAUGUCCAUUAGUACCAUUUAUUCCAAUUCUAUCAAUUUGGGCAAACAUGUACUUAAUGGUUAGUUUAUCAUGGGGUACUUGGGUACGUCUUGUCGUUUGGUUAUUCAUUGGACUUUUAAUUUAUAUUUUCUAUGGAAGAAAAAAUAGUAAAUUAGGUAAAGAACAACAACAAAUUCUAGAAGAUGAUUAUAGUCCAAAUCUAAUGGAAAUGAAUAAAUUUGAAAGUACAACACUUGGUAAUAGUACAAAUAGUUGUAGUAUAGAAAAUAAUAAUAAUGAAAAUAAUAGUAAUAAUAAUAAUAAUAAUAAUAAUAAUGAAAAUAAUAAUUUAGAUAGUGAUGAUAAUGAUGAUGAAAAUGAAAACUCUGGAAAUAGUAGUGGUUCAGGUGGAAUGCCAUUAUCUUCAAAUGAUGUUUUAGAUGAUACAUUCCCUGAUGAUCCUAAUAAUAAUAAAAAUGAAAUUUCAACUAAAAAAUCUGAAAGACAACCAUUAUCACCUGGUAUAAAAUCUACAACACCAAAACAAAAAACACCCUCUUCACUUUCACCUUCAACUUUAUCACCAAGAAUUAAACAAACAAUUUCAAAUAUUAAAGAUCAUUUUGAUUUAAAUAAUAAUAAUAAUAAUAAUAAUGAUAAUAAUAAAUUUGAAACAUUGGAUUCUAGUGAUUAA